UCUAACACACAGGCCGGGCUCGUCAACGAGAAAGACGAAAGCAACGGGGGGGUAUGGGUUAGGCGGAAACAGAGGAUCGGAUAAUGAUAAGGCAGUUUGUUUUAUACCCGUUAAAUUGGAAACGAUACCCCAAACCAAAUUGCGUUAUCUCGCUCGUUACAAUGAUAGACAAUCGGAAAUUUGAAUGGCCAGAAGCCUUAGUCACUAAUCAGUGGUAUAUUUAAAGCAAUUUACAUCGCGUGGACUAUGUAUAUUAUCCCAGGGAGUAACGUUUCUGCCUAUUAGAUUGAAGCAACAGCUGCUAUGUUCAAAACUUAAAUAAUAAUAAAAAAAUAAAAAAAAGGUUGCAUGUGCCUAUGACGGAAGGUCCACUUUAACUAUAGCUCAUUGCAACGCUGCAAAAGGCGCAUGGGACUUGGACUGGGGACUCUCAGCUUCAAACAUCCAAAGCUUGUAUGCCUUGUGCUCGCGUCACAUCCCCAACCUCGGCGCAACUUACGAUUCAUCUUCAUUCAACUCCUACUUCUAUUUCUAUUUCUACUUUACCAUCUACCCGUAUUUCGAAAUACAAGAACGAGAAGCUACGCAAUCCACCAUAGAAUCGAGUCAAGCUUACUUCAAGCAUAAGCAUUUCCGAAGUCGAUACAUACACGAAUCCCCAUCAGCUCUGCUCAUCAUGUCGCUCGAUCCUCCCCCCUAUCUCGGUUCCCUACAAAACAACAUUCGUCAACGACCAAUCCCCUGGGAUGGUGCAGCUAGAGCAGGCACCAUCACGGAGGCUCAAUUGGCUAAAAUCAGGGCCGUUGAUAAAGUGAAGAGGGAGCAACGAAAACAAGUUGUAGAGAGCGACCUCGAUGGCUACCGGAUAUUGUUUGUCGGAGAGCCUGGGACGCCUGGUGUUCUUGAGUCGGCAAGGAACCGCUCCGAUGUGGUCCAAUACAUAUUGGUCUUACUUAGUGAUCUACUCGAAGGUGUCCCAGGCCUCGCAAAGGCUCUCGUGAAGGACUCGGAUCCAUAUCAACAUUUUCUACCUUUAUUACUUGCACGUUCGAAUAACUCCGAAGACCCGAUUCCUCUACUCACAUCUACCGUCCUCGCAACACUUAUGGCUAACUCCAGAGACGAAUCUCAAGCGGCAGAACACGCUCUCCCCUUAGUUCUAAGCUAUCUUUGUGGCUUGGUAAAGACCUCAAACGAUGCAGGGUUACAAGAUAUCGCAGUCACAGAAUACUCGUCUCUAUUAUAUGGGCAGUCUUCCCGACAAUUAUUCUGGAAGCAGAGAAGCGAGACCGUUGCUCCCUUAGUCGAUAUCCUUCGAAAAGCUGCUGGUGUCGGUAGUGAGUCGUCUGCUAGUCUUUGGAGCGGAAACGCUACUACGAGAAGCGGCGGUUUCGAAGGUCUUAGCGGUGGUGUGGGACUACAGCUUCUAUACCAUGUACUACUAGUCCUAUGGCAGUUGAGUUUCGAAGCUGAAGACAUAGGCGAUGACCUAAAUGAUGAAUAUGAUAUUAUUCUUUUAUACACUCAGCUAUUGCGACUAUCACCAAAAGAGAAGACCACGCGACUUCUUCUGUCGACGUUAUCCAACCUCCUCGAAGCUAACCCGUCUACGCUACUUCCUACGGCAGUUUUGGCUAGGCUUCCAGCAUUACUUCAAAACGUCAGUGGUCGUCACUUAACAGACCCAGACUUACAGGAAGACCUGGAAAGGCUCAAGGAAACGCUAGAGGAAUAUCAAAAGACAAAGACGACAUUCGACGAAUAUGUUGCCGAAGUCCAAUCGGGACAUUUGAGAUGGUCGCCCCCCCACCGUCAUCAAGUCUUCUGGACCGAAAAUGCACGAAAGAUUCUCGAGUUUGAGAACGGCGAAAUACCACGGAAAUUAGCGGAUAUCAUGAAGAAGCCAUGGGAAAACGACAAAGCGGUGCUCGCAAUUGCCUGCAAUGAUGUGGGGUCUCUUGUCAAAGAGGUUCCGGAGAAGAGAUAUCAACUAGAAAAGCUAGGAUUGAAGACUCGCAUUAUGGAACUCAUGCAGGACUCAGACGAGAAUGUACGAUGGGAGAGUUUGCGAGCUCUUGGCGGAUGGCUCAAGUACAGCUUUGAAGAUAACUAAUAAUCUAGCUAUCGAGUGUGUGGACACGAUCGUAACUCUUUGUUGUAUUCUUUCGACCAUCAGCAACGUCCCCAUCAUCGGCGUGGGCGCGUGGACAACUAGCAUUAUGUAUUGCCAAUGAGUAGGACAGGGAAUAUCGGCGGUAGCUUGAGCUCCCUAAUCUAAUUAACCCGACCUGCACUCCACUAGCAAUAUUACUGGAUAGUGUCUGACUACCGCGGUUGCUACUCAACAUCAAAAGGGGGGAAAUUAGCCCGUGAACCUAUCCAGUGUCCUAUAUGAUCUAUUUGUAUACGUAAUCGAGGAGGCAAAUAUAGUACGCACAACAUACCUAGGUACAUCGCUAUCUAGGUACCUGGGUACGGAGGUAGCCUUUUUUAUUAUAUCGAAGCAGCUUUGAACGCUGUUUACAUGCACUAUAA